AUGACUCAACUAAUAGAGCGCCGAAUUAAACUUAAAUCAAUCAACAGUUAUAUUACAUGUAAAAUUUGCAAAGGUUAUUUUAUUGAUGCCACUACAGUUACUGAAUGUUUGCAUACAUUUUGCAAGAGUUGCUUAGUGAAACAUUUGGAAGAAAACAAUACUUGUCCGACUUGCAAUAUUGUCAUCCACCAAUCGCAUCCUUUGCAAUAUAUAAGUUUCGAUAGAACAAUGCAAGAUAUUGUUUAUAAAUUAGUGCCUAAUUUGCUUGAACACGAAACUAACCUAGAAAGGGACUUUUAUAAAGUCCGGGGAUUAGCAAAUCCAAAAGACAUUCCUUUACAAAAUUUGGAUUUAAAUAGUGAAGACCAAAAUGAUCCGCAUGCAGCAUCAGAUUAUCAUCGCCAAGAUGAACAAGUUAAUGUAUGUUUGGAGUGUAUAAGUUCAAAUUUAAAGGCCUUAAAGAGGAGAUAUAUUCGGUGUUCAGCCCAAGCAACUAUUUUACAUUUAAAAAAAUUUAUUGCCAUGAAAAUAUUAAAUGGAAUGGACAAAUAUCGGGAGAUUGAUAUUUUAUGUAAUGAUGAACUAUUGGGGAAAGACCAUACAUUAAAAUUUGUAGUGGUUACUAGAUGGCGGUUCCAAAACCCCCCCUUAAUUUUACACUAUAGGCCAAAAAUCGAUUUUUAA